AUGUAUCUGCUGAUGCUUGUGGUCACCUUUCAUUCUUACCUGAUGGCCGUCCACUCUUGUCCAUCUUUGUGCGCCUGCGGCAAUGGAAGCACUGGGAUAGGAGAGCUCAGGUGGGUGCAAUGCAGCGACCCUGGUAUCUCAGCUGUUCCCAUCAAUGCCCCGGCCAACACGGUCAAACUGCGCCUGGAGAAGACCUCAAUCACCAGAGUGCCCAGGGCAGCCUUCUACAACCUAUCAGAGCUGCAGUUCCUGUGGCUGACUUACAACUCCAUCACCUCCAUCCACCCCAGCAGCUUUGUUAAUCUGAAGGCGCUCCGGGAGCUUCGGCUGGACGGGAACCUCCUGUCUGCUUUUCCCUGGGAGGGGUUGAGGGACAUGCCUUACCUUCGAACUCUGGGCCUGCACAAUAACCGGCUGUCCAGCCUGCCUGCCCAUGCUGCUCUCUUUCUCCCUAACAUCACCUACCUGGAUCUCUCCAGCAACAGGUUAACUAUAUUACCUGCUGAGCUGCUGGAUCUUUGGUUCCCCCUUCCAGGACAACAGGGAGGUCCUGUGCAAAGAAGAGUUUUAGGUCUCCAUGACAAUCCCUGGCUGUGUGACUGCCAGAUCUCCAUGGCCAUGUCUUUGUCAAUGUCCCUGGGAAGCCCUGUUGUUCUCAUGGACCAGCUGCUGACCUGCAGCAGGUCUCUGGGGCAGUCAGGGCUGUUGCUAACCCAGGCAGACCUGUCCCGCUGUAUGAGGCCCUCAGUCCAGCCUGCAGCCACCAGAAUCGUUUCUCCACUGGGCAGUAACGUAAUCCUUCGCUGUGAUGCCACUGGCUACCCAACACCCACUCUGACCUGGAUCAAAGCCUCAGCUUAUACUGUUAUGCAGAAAUCUCCUCGAGUGGGAGUUCGCUGGUCAAUCAUUAGCCUCAAUGGUCUAUCGUACAAGGAUGCUGGUGAGUACCGCUGCCAGGCACGGAAUAUGGCAGGCAUAUCCGAAGCCCCUAUUAAACUUAAGGUGGUGGCUGUCACUGGAGCAUCUCGUUUCCCAAAGAUCAAGUCCCAGAAAACUCUAUCCAAAUCAUUAUCAAAAAACAGAAAGCAAAUAUUCUUCAAAAAGCCAAAACCCUCUCCAGCUGCGUCUUCUAUCUUCAUCUCCAAGAAGGAUAACCAGACACUGAUUAGUGUCAAAUCAUUUACUCCUGUUAACGAGACCCGGGCAACUGCUUUUGGUGCGGGGAAAGUGGUGCCCACGAAAAAGUACAUCAAAAGGCGCAAAAUAAACUUGCUGCCAGUGUCAAAGAGAAAGACCCGCAUGUUCAUCAAGACAACACCUGAGCUCCCAGGAAAGUCCACUAGUGCUUUGCUCUCAGAAACAGAGACAGCUUUAUGA